AUGAGAAUUAAUAAAGCACAAAUUAUCAAUUUCUUUCAGUCAUUAAAAAUGAAAAUAUUUUUUCAAAUACAUCAACAUGCUCCAAUGUGUUUAAUUUGGACUGCAUUAAUAUUAAUUCAAUUACUAACUGGAUAUGUUAUUUUAAAAACUAAUGUUGGUGUUGUAAGUGAAAUUUAUUCAAUUCAAAAUAUUUAUUAUGAAGAAACUGAAUUACCAAAUACUUUUAUUUUAGAAUUACCAAAUAUUCCAAUUAUUGCUACUAAUGCUUCAAAAAACCAUUUUCAUUAUAGAAAUUCAACUUUUGAUUAUUCAUCAGUUUCUGCUUAUUAUUUAUCAUUAUUAUAUACUGAGUAUUUGCAUUUAAAUGCUAGAUUAGGGCAUAACAAUUAUGCAUCAAUUUCUCCUAAUAAAUUAGAUGAAUUAGUUCGUAACGAAUUUCAAGGUGAUUGUAUUAAUGACCAACUUAAAAGUGAGUGUCAAUAUUAUAAAUUAUUUGGUGGUUAUUCUGGUAUUUCAUUUGAUAUUAUUAAAGAAAGAGGACAACCAACAGAUGUAUUUGUAUUACCUAAAUUAGAUACAUUAAUGAAUAUAUCAAAUUAUGAUAUAGUUAAUUUAACUUCUAUUCAAAUUUCAGUUAAUCAAUAUAAAAAAUAUCAUAAAGUUAAUGAUAUUAAAAGAGCUUUAUUUGAAAAUAAAGCUCCAUUAAUUCUUAACCAUCCAGAAUAUAAAAGGUGUAGAAAUCUUGGUAGUUUAACUGAAGAAAAUAUUAAAUGUACAAAUGCUAUUAGUAAAAAUGGAAAGUAUGGUGUGGAUGAAAUACAAUAUCAUUCAGGAUAUGUAUCAUCAUCAGUUAUUGUUGGAUGGAAUGAAGAAGGAUUUAUUGUUAGAGGAAAAGAAUUAGGACAUACAAAAGAAUAUUAUUUAGGUAAAAUGUCAACUACAGAAGAUAUAUAUUUAUGUGGAAAUACAUAUGCAUUUGAUUCAUGGAUAUCAUAUAAUGAAUCAUUUGAUAUUUUUGAUGCAACUAAAUUAAAAUAUAAAAGAAAUAAAGAAUAUGAUGAUAUUAUUGGAACUCAAUUAAAUAAUGGUCAAGAAUAUUAUAUUUGUGGUGAUGGUAAGAAAGCAAAAGUUGAAUAUUCUUCAAAUAAAAAAUUAGGUCAAAUUAGAUUAAAGCCAACUACUAAUUUAUUACAAGAAAUUACUAUUUCUGGAUGGGAAGAACUUUUUGAAACAGUACUUAUUCCAUCACAACAAGAAGAUGGUAUUUCUGAAUUACAAGAAUGUUUUUAUAAUAUUCUUCCAUAUAAUGUAUAUUUUGAUUAUUAUUCUCAUUCAUCUAACAAUUAUGGUAUUAUCGGUGCUAAACAUUAUAACUUCACUUUUAGUGGUAAAACUUUACCUGAAGAGUAUUAUUCAACUUGUCAUGAUAUUAUCAUUGAAGGAGCUUAUGUUAUCAAAAUCUUAUAA